UUAUCUCUCCUGUAUCUCCAACCUUCCCCCCAUCUCCAUCAUCAGACCAUUGUCUACUGGGAAGGAGAUCAGCUGGUGUGUGAACAGAAAGGAGAGAAGCAGAAUCGAGGCUGGAGACACUGGCUAGAAGGGGAUCGGCUUCAUUUGCGUAUGACAGCAGAGGAUGAGGUUUGUGUCCAGGUUUUCCAGAAAGUGAAGUAAUCCCAAACACAGCAUCUGCCUUAUACCAAACAAUGACUUCUGGAUGCAGCUGGCAUUAGAGCUUAAAACUAGGAGCAAAGUCAAGCAAACACUGUCUCACAUCUUGUCUUAUUUUUCUUCUUUUUGAUUAAAAUAUUACAGAUAACCAACA